AUGGGAAAGCUUACGAUUUGUGUGCACAAAUGUGAUCUUUUGCGCAGCUUUCAAUAUCCGAAUACAAAUCUACGUGUCGUUAUCUCAGUGGACAAUACCUAUCGAUUUCAAACGCGAGUCGUGAAUGGUACCCAUUCGCCUGUGUACGAGGAGACCUUUUCCGUCGGCAACACCCAUCAUUUGGCAAAAAUUGAAGUCUCUGUUUGGCAUGUCAUGAAGACCAAGGUGAUCGACCUCAACAGCGCGCUGAACACCCUCGGGAUAGGAAAUGCGAUUGGCAUUAGUAAUAAUGAUGCGACCUCGAAAGGCUUGGGGGAUAACUCUGCCGGGCACUUCGCCGCGGCCAAUCCCGCAGGCGAAGUUGGCGGGAAUGUUCUUCUCGGGCGCUGCCAUUUGUCCAUCCAGCGUCUGACGAAAGGGCAGCGAAAGACCCGCGCCUACGUUCUUGGAACCUUGCCGAAGAAGAAGGAUGUGGCCUGGAUUGAGGAUCCUGUGGGCGUCGCGGGAGCAAUCACCAUCACCCUCCACAGCGACACCCUCGGGGAAUCGCCCGAGGUGCUGAACAUCAACGAGCAGCUGGAGGUUAGCUAUAUCCAACGUCUCAAGCGGCUGCUGCUGCGGUAUGAUCCAAAAAAGAUACCUGUGCUGGAUAUUAUCCUGUCGAAUGUGAGGGAUCCGAGCGAGUUAGGGGAGGGUGUGGUGCCAAUUAAACCAAAAGCACAGUUGUUGGCGACGUCGAGCGCGCGUUACUCCUCCCUGAGAGAGGGUUCCACCUCAACUCGGAUCAGUGAUUUGGAGGAUCCUUCGCUGAAUGUUUCACACCCGGAUGAGUACGAAUCGUUUUCCGAGCUCAUGAGACGACUUUGUCGUGCCUAUCAUGGUGAAGAGCCCGACAAGUUCAGCGUUUCCGUGAACGUCAGCGGCUGUUCCCAUUUAGACCGCAGCGUCAUGGAUAAAUCGCUCUCCUCCUCGGCAAACGUCUACGUGAUUCUGCGGACGAGCUCGCAGGACUUCGUAACGGAGGAGGUGAAGUUGCAUAGCACGAUAUCGUGGCCGAUGAACGCGUGUGUGUUCGACAUCAUCGACCUCGAUUCAUUCACCCUCUUUGUGGUGGUGAUGGGCAGGGUGGGGAGUAAGUUUUACCAAGUGGGGCAUGCGAAGCUCGGACUGCUUGGUCUACUCCGCGAGCGUGUCUCAGCUCGAAACAUGUAUCUUUGCUUCUUUAGUGGAUCGAACUCGCGAGCGGUUGUUGGGAGGGUGCAUAUCUUCCUCGAGCCGUUGAACUUUGGGGAGACGCCGCUUAACAUCGCGAAAUGCAUUGACGAAUACUACGAUCGACUAGGUAUUUUUUUAAAGCAAUACGAUCUGAUGCUUCUGUCGAAGAUGGAUAUGUUCAUUCGUGGCCGCGCGGGCCGUCUGGAGGAUUUCAUGAAUGAACUAAUCAUGCUGUAUGGCUAUGAACCCAACACCGCGCAGCUCCAGGUGACUGUGAAUUCGAUCGUCGCGCUGCACGAGAGCCCCACCAUCGAGCUGAAUAAAAAGCGCGUCGUGGUAGUUGUAACGAUGGGGGGCGUUUCUUUCCGCACAAAGUCGCACGAGGUCCGGCGCUUCACGGAGACGCGCUUUGGCGAGGAUCAUAUAUUCAACGUCGUACGCGAAACCGACUAUAUCCGUGUGGAUGUCGUCAAAGCCUCUGAUGAGAAGGUGGUGUACGGCUCGGUGGAGUUUAGUUGCCUGAAUAUGCAGUGUGGUAUGCCGAGUACGCGAAGGCUGUACCUUGUUGGGAACUGCGGCAAGCCAAAUGCGUAUUUUACCGGUAUCAUAACUAUUACGCUCUUUAGCGAUGACAUCGGGUGCUCCUACAAGGUGGAUGAGGAUUUGGACGACAUGUACACUGGGCGACUAAGACGCUAUGCCGAACGAUACUUUCCGGAAAGUCUACACUGUGUAAACCUUGCCACAGCGGCAAUUUUUGAUAUGGAGAGUUUUAUGGCUGAGCUUUCCGUCACCCAUACAAAAGAGGCUCCCACCUACGCGGUCUUCAUGACUAUUCUCGGGUGUCGACAGCUUCCCUCGGGCUUUAGUGGGAUCAGCCCAUACGUGGUCGUCCGCCUGGGUAUCGACAGCUACAGUACCAGGUGGAUAAAGGACUCCACGGAGCCGGAUUAUUUCGAGUUCACCGAGUUUUACUGCGAUCAGCUCAGCGAAAAGUGCAUCACGUUGGUUGUGAUGGAUCAUUCUGACAUGGGCCACGACAGAGAGGUUGGCUACGUGGUCCUUUCACUCGAACACGUGAAACUCGGGCAGCUCUAUCACGACUUUGAGCCUCUCCAGCCCUUCAAGAAAUCCCGAAAGGAGGGGGAUCCAGAUGUCCACAAGGGGCCGAGUGCUGUGCAUCAUCAUUACGCCACGAAUAGCUCCUGCAGCGGCUCAAUUGACAAGAAAAAAUCGAUCGGAUCGGUUGGCUUUAAGUUUUCGGUCGUCAACCUUAAGUACGUGGAUCAGACGCGGGCGCAGGUGAUUCGCCGCGAAUACUUUCAUCACCACAGCGAUCCCACCAACCCCGUCCUCGACGUCGACUCCCUUCAGCAGCUGGAGUCGGGGUCGAACAACGGUCGCCCCUUGGGCUCGAGCGAUGCGGCCUCGGCGGAUGGGGGGAACCCCCGUGGUGCCGGCGCCUCCCCGAUCCGGCUGUUUCGCUCCGCCGCGAUGAAUUUGCGGUUCAUUGGGAAGGUCCGGAAGUUCGUGAUGCGGCGCUCCGUCGAGUUUGUUGAGCAUUUUCAGCGCAACGUCCGCCUUUCCAAUGAUUCCAGCCUCUCCCAGUCCUCCUCCGAGACGCUGGAGGUGGGGGAGCCCGUGCUGGCGGCGAAGUGCCCCACCUUCAACAUCAUGGAUCGGUUUUAUGCCUUGUUCGGGCACCAUUUCAUGCUCGAUUCGAACACGAGCAACGGCGUCGAUUCCGAGCUGGAGGUCUCGGCGGAUCACCCGCAGGUGGUUUCCAAGUUUUCCAACGUCGGGAGCACCCCUCUCGGGGAGGCUGGGGGGAUGGUACUCCACGUUCGCGUGCUCUUUUGCAAGAAUUUGAUUCAAACCUCCUCUCGCUGGCUGAACCCGUACCUCCUGCUCUUCACCGCAAGCGAAUCGCAUCGCACGCAGAUGGACUUCGAAACCCCCAACCCUGUCUACGCCGAGGAGUUCACCUUUCGGGUGCUCGAUCCUUAUGAGGAUUUUCUCCAGCUUUAUGUCCUCACCGACACCCCAUAUGGGGUGAAGCGGCUCGGCCAUUGCGUGCUUUCGCUUUGCAACGUUCGCCGUGGGCAGCCACACACCCGCCGCGCCUCCCUCGUCGUCGACUCCAACACCCCAAACGCCUUCGAACACGGCAGCGUCUACGUCCUUUUGAUGGGGGAGAACUUCGGCCUGCAAUACCUUCCUUCCGCCGACGCGGAGAAUCGGUUGCGGGAGCAAAUCCACGGCUACCUUGUCCACGCCGCCCCUUCCCAGCUGCACUGGUUGGAGUGGUUUGUCGGCACCUACGCGGACCUCAACAAGAGCGUUUUGCCGCGGCUGUUUGGAAAGCACUACCUCGUGAAUAAAUCGAAACAGGCGGCGGUCGUGAAGGUCGGGAUUCGGACUCUGACGAAGCUGUCGUUGAAUGGGAUCUACGCGAGUGGGAACUGCGCGGUGAAGGUGAAGGUGGGGUCGAAGACGUACGCCGAAACCCGCGUCGCGGUCGGCGUGGAUGGCCAUUUUCAGGUCGACCAGACGCUGGAGAUCAAGUUGGAGAACAUCGAAACGGUUAUCCUGCGGAUUGUCGUGAUUAUCAACGGCAAGAUCAAAGGGGGGGAGUGUUGGGUGAAUUUGGCGGAUCUUCACCGUGGGAUCGUGCAGGAACGCACGCACAUGCUCGUGCAGAACGUUCGAGGUCCGAACCCCGCCCCUUGUGGUCUUAUUACCAUCUCCCUCCUCAGCCACGAUUUCGGCAGCUACUCCGAGCCCCCUUCCAAGCAAGAGGAGGCGGUCUACACGCGUCUGCAGCGAUACUUAUCGUACUAUAAACCCUUUGAACUCAUUAACGCUGAUAUCAUCUUUUCCAGUGUGUUCAACCCCAAUGCGUAUAUGCGAAAGCUGAUCGACACCUACGGGCCGGAUCCCGGGGAUUUCCCUCUUCGCGUGGUGAUUAAGCGCUGUAUGAAUUUAUACUUCAGCAGUCACGGCAACGGCAUCGGCGGUGAUGCAUCUCCGGGCCGUUCGAGAACUUCGAUCAACCCUUUUUGUCUGCUGCGCUGCGGGCUUGACGAGUACCGCACCCGUAUCAGCGAGGGCAAAGGGGAGUGGAUUUUUAAUGAGUCCUUCACGGUUCACGUUGGGCUGCCGGAGCUGGAGGUGAUUGAGUUGAUCGUGUUCGAUUUCUACGCCUCCAAGAACAUCGAGAUCGGCCGCACGCGUGUGUUUAUUGAUAAACUCAAGCGAGGGAUCAUCAACUCCCGCAAGCUGCUGCUCGUUUCCAACGCGGGAACGAAGUCCGCGGUGGUGAACGGGAUCGUGGAGUUGGAUUUGUUUUCAAAUGCGAUCGGCGCCCCAGCGUACCGAUCGCAGUCGGGGGCCUCCUCGCCGUCGUACGCCCGCCUUGCCUCCCUCUCCCUUGGCGGGAGCAGCGAUCCGACAGAGACGACCACGCGAGUCCAUGGGGUUCGCCCCGACCCCAGGUACUCCUCCUCGGAGCGUGAUUUACCCCGUUUUUCCCCUUUAACCCAUCCGAAAGAGGCUGAAGGGGAGAAAGAGAAAGAGAAAGAGGAGGAGGGCGGAGGCGGAGGGGGAUCGUCGCGCUCCGAACGCGUCCCCCAGCCUCGUUACCUCGACGACGCGCUUCGCCUUCCUCUUCACGCCUCCCCUCACACGCCCGCGAGCGAUACUCGGAGUGUGAGUAGCGUCUUUGAGGAGGCGGAUAUCUAUCAGGUGCCGCAUUUUUUCUCCCCGGUCGGGGCGGAAAUGGGGGCGGGGAGUCCGAAUGCGAGCCUGGCGCCCGCGAUGAACCCCGCGGAGCUGGCGGAUCGCCCGGUGGAGGUGACGAUUGUCGGGUUCACCUUCACGAGCGUCGGGGUGGUCCCGACCGGGCGGGAGCUCUACGUGCGCGUGGUGGACGGCCAAGGGGUGCUUUUCCGGACGGAACCGAUGCCCUUGGCGCGGCUCGUCCGCCUCGGCCGCGGGUUUCCCGUCCCCCACGUCGUCCUCCGGCCGGAUGUCAUUUUGACGAUGAAACUCGGCGUCCGCGGCGCCUUCGCGAACACGCCGCUGUGCUACACCGACUUCUGCUUCAACGACUGCCAUCGCGGCCUCAACGUGAAGCACCUCCGGCUCUACGACCCGCACCACCGCUUCGUCGGGGCGGCGUUGUUGAAAAUCGGGGUGCCGGAUUUGCCGCUGCCGCCGUCGUGGGCCCCUCGCCGGGUCGCCGCGGCCUCGCUGGAGUUGAUCACGGACGACAUCGCCUCCUUAGGGGAGCGCUACAGCCCGCAAAGUUUGCAAGGCCUCGACCCCACCCUCUCCCGCGCGCUCGAUCUCCGUCGGCUGCAUCACACGCUGCGGCGAAAACUCGCGCCGGACGUCCUCGCGACCGUCUACGUCCUCAUCCACGCCGUCGACCUCGACGACGGCGAACGGCCACGGGAAGGCGGGGAGGAAGGGGGGGAUCCGGGGUGCGUCGUGGCGGUCGAGGUCGGCGGGGACGCCGUCGAGACGGCGCGGCAGCUCCCGGCCGCGCACGGCGGCCAACGGGUUUCGUUCUUCCCCUACGGCAUGUCACGCGCGGAGACGCGGACGCUGGUGUUUUGCCCGAUUCGCGUCGACCUCCCCGCGACGGAGUUCGCCGCCCCGAUGACGAUUCGCGUGCGGGAAGGGAAAGGAAAAGCCGAAGGGGGAAGAAAAAGCGGCGGAAAGGGGAUCGAAAUCGGGCGUGCGGUGGUCUCCCCUCACGCCCUCCUCACGCCGGAGGUGUUCGACCUCUUCGAGCGCGUUCGCGUGCCCCUCGUUCGAGUGAAGCAGGCGGCGAAUUGCGUGCAGACGCGACCGGUGGGCAGUCUCGUCUUCUCCAUCGCGCCCGCCGCGUACGAGCGAUACGUCCCGCCGGUUUGUUACCCCGGGGAGGUCGUUCGAGGCUUCAGUCGACCUUACGUGCGGUAUUACGAGCGUCGGAUUAUGGAGUUUAUGCGGCAUUACAACGUCGGCGAGCUCGUCGGGCUGCAUGCGCAUCUUUAUGAUACGUACGUCGGGAGAGGGAAUUGGCGGGAGGGGCUGCCGGAGUACCUCUCCGAGCUCGUCGAGCAGUGGGGGGAGGAGGUGCUGCCGUCGGAGCCAGUGCCUCCGCCGGAUUGA